CGUGCUGUGGAUUCCAUGAAUGUCUCUACAAAAUCGGUGACAGAGUUUAUCAUUUUUGGCUUUCCAAGUCUUCAAAGUCUCAAUACUCUUCUUUUUUGUGUUUUUCUCUUUAUCUACCUUUUCACUGUCACCGGAAAUGGCAUCAUAUUUCUCCUCAUUAUUCUGGACCAAAAACUUCACACUCCAAUGUAUUUCUUUGUCAGCAACCUCUCGUUCUUGGACAUGAGUUCCACCACCAUGACCAUCCCCAAGAUGCUUGCCAAGUUCUCAGUGCAGAAUGAUGUCAUCUCUUUUGUGGGCUGCUUCCUCCAGAUGUAUUUCUUUGUCGUUUGUCAAGCGGCCGCAUGUUUUCUCCUGACCGCCAUGGCCUAUGAUCGCUAUGUGGCCAUUUGUUCUCCCCUCCAUUAUCAUAACAUCAUGGUCAGACAUGUAUAUAUCAUCCUAGCUAUGACAUCAUGGAUACUGGGCUUUGCAAGUCCAAUUGCAAUGAUCAUCCUGUCUUUUAGGUUGCCUUUUUGUGGCUCAAAUAUCAUUCACCAUUAUUACUGUGAUCACCCACCAUUGCUUCAGUUAGCUUGUGCUGACACCUCACUCAAUGUGGCAGUAGGUUCCUCUCUUAGCGCCAUUAUACUCUUGGUAAGCUUCUCUAUAAUUGUGAUGUCCUAUGUUCAAAUUAUCAGGUCUGUGCUCAAGAUAGCAUCAGCCAAAGGACGUAGAAAAACAUUUUCCACUUGUGCUUCCCAUUUUGUGGUGGUGAAUAUGUUCUUCUUGCCUUUGAUCUUCAUGUAUGUUCGGCCAACUGCUUCUUACUCCGCCGACGUUGACUCCCUACUGGCUAUGUUCUACACAGUAUUGACACCUAUGCUAAACCCAGUUGUAUAUAGCUUACGCAAUAAAGAUAUCAAGGAUGCAUAUAGAAAAAAAGUAUGUUGUACCUAAAUUAUAUGUCAAA